AUGCAUCACGUCUUCAUUGUCCUCACAAACUGUACUGCUGUAAACCCCAUGCUGGUGUCGUCGGACAUUAAGUUGAAUGCAAUUAUUGCGUUAGACUUCCUCCGCGCUCAUCAGCUCAUGAUGGAUCCCAACAACUCCCUACUGUUCUACUUCCCGGAUCAGUAUUAUUCAUACAAACGACAACACACCCGAAUGGUUCAGCACGAAAUUAUUACCGGCAGCGCUCCACCACAACGUCAACCGCCUCGUCGAAUACCUUUCUACUAUCAGACAGAACUUAACAGCAUAAUCUCACAUCUCCUCUCCCAGGUUAUCAUUGAACCUUCAAACUGUCCGUGGGCCGAUACCGUUAUUCUUGUCAAGAAGAAGAAUGGCAACCCGAGGCUGUGCGUCGAGAAGCAGAAGCUGAACAAGAUCAUUGUGCUAGACUCCCUCCCGAUUAGGCGUAUUAAUGACACCCCACACAUGUAA